AUUAGGCAUAGUAUUGACAGUUGUUCAAUUUUAUUGAAAUUGACUUGUCAUGGACUCGUCUUUUAAUGUUUGCUUUUACCAACUGUUGUAACAGUACAUUGGAGUCGCAGCGACUGUGUAUGAGAUGGAAUCAAUGAGAACACAUGAGUUGUUUCGACUUUAUAGCCGCUUGACAUUUGUAAACAAGGAAAAGCUAAGGCGAUGGUGUCUGCUUGGAUUGUUUAGAUAUUUUGCUGUAUUCUAAGACAUUAUCUUAAAUCAGUGUAUUUCUUGCGUAUGCACAGCCUCAAUGCAUCCUCAUAGGAGGCGACAAACGUAUGGUUGGGAUUUAUCAUGGGCUGUUGUUGAAGGGUGACUGUAUGAUGCGGCUACGAGGUAGAGUGAAUCGCAUUUUCUACGCCAUUCCUAACUUGAAAAUACAUCGUCUCAAUGUAGAACCAGCAAGAUGAGUGUUGUGCUUCGUAUAGGAGCUGUCCAGUCUGAGAGCACGGCUCUGAAGAUGGCUGCUGGCACAGAUCCUGAUUCUAUGGAGGCAUCACCUGUACCCGAGGACCUUUAUGUGUAUCAUCCUCCUCAGCAGACUUAUUCCAGUUGUUUUGGACUUCCCUAUCAGGACCAUAACUAUGGUGCACCUCCGCCCCCAACACCUCCCCAGUCACCACCACCAUGUGUAAAGGUGAAUGGGCAUAUUGAUGUUGUUGAGGAAACGGUGAACAUAGUAGUGGCAAAGGCUGUGAGCGAGUUAAACCAGGGAACAGGAGAUAGCGGGGAUGAUAGUAUAACAAGGUGCAUAUGUGAUUACCAACAUGAUGAUGGCUACAUGAUUUGCUGUGACAAAUGCAGUGUUUGGCAGCAUAUUGACUGUAUGAGUAUAGACCGAAACAACAUCCCAGACGCUUACUGCUGUGAACAAUGUGAACCCCGGGUUGUCGAUAAACAGAAAGCCAGAGAACUUCAAGCCAGAAAACGAGAAGAAAUGACGGAUUCCAGUGCAACAGAUACAGAUCCUGAUGAAGCUGCUCACCAUUUAGCCUUACUCAAAGCCCAAGCAAAUGCAAACAAGAAAGGAAAGAGUAAGAAGGCGCUUAAGAAAGAUAUCACUAAGGACCUCAAGCCUCGAAAACAGAAAAAGGAGAAAGAGAAGAAAAAGGACCAGAAAGAGAAAAAAAGGAAACUUGGAAACACGAACAACACUGAUGUAUCAACAGUUAAUAAGUUACAAAAUAAUAAAGAAAAUGCCAAGAAACUUGCACAGCUUAAGCCAUGUAAGAAAAAUCGUUCAGUGGAUUUCCAGUUGGAUGAAACCAGAGAUGCUUGGAACAGCUCUGUGAGUCCAUGGGCAGAUGGGUAUGAACCAGCCCGAAACAACCAUUAUUCUUCUGCUCUUCAAGAAAUAUUAUCUGUGAACAAGUUCAAUGGACAACAUGCAGAUGAAGUCAAGAAGGUUGGAGAGCUGCAGGUUCAGCUCUGCUGUGUGGCUGAUGUUAAGAAAAAUAGAAAGGGUUUGAAGGCUUCCAUGCAGAUCCAAGAAAAUGAAGCUAUCAUAGAAUAUGUGGGCAGGGUCAUGUUGAAAGAUCAAUAUGACACAGAGAAAAUCUUCUUCAAAAUACUUCAUCCAUUUGUACUAUUUUACACCAAGUUUGAUAACACGAGUUUGUGUAUUGAUGCCAGUAACUACGGAAAUGAUGCGCGGUUUGUUCGCAGGUCAUGCACACCAAAUGCUGAGAUACGACACAUUGUUUCAUCUGGGAAUAUCCGGUUUUACAUUUUCUCAACAACAGAGAUUGCAAAGGGCACAGAAAUUACAAUCCCAUUUGACUACCAGUAUAAAGAUUGUUCAUAUAACGUGGAGUGCUCUUGCUCAAAAGUCAAUUGUGUUGUGUCCAAAAAGAAAAGGAAACGCAACAGUGUUCAAAACAGCAACGCAGAUACAAGUCCAGUGGUAUUCCGUACAAGCAAGCGUUGUCAGGCUCAAAAGGCAAGAGAGCAAGAAGUGAAGAAAGAAGAAGUACCUGUAAUCCCUACAGUUGCUCCACCAGAUACCAGUUUCUUGGAGAGCUUAGCUAAUGCUGCUGUCGCAGUCUCAAUGGCCGAACAAUCUUUGUCAGAAUUACCCUUGUCUUCCUCAGAUGAUAGCCCGCAUAAGGUGGAUACUGUUGAUAACAACCAUAUCUGUAGUUCAGAUAAUACAAUAUCAUCUACUGGUCCGAUGGAGGGAGAAACGGAAGAGCAGGCUGCUGAACGGGAAAGAAAGUUGACUCGAGAAGAGAGAAAAAUGCAGGCAAUAAUGAAAGCAUUUGAAAAGCUGGAGAAAAGAGAAGAACGAAGGAAAGAAGCAUUGGCCAGGUUAGAAGUUGCCAAAAAGACGAAGGUGGAAAAAUCACAGUCAGAGGACUUGGAAUCUCUACCAGCUGUUGAAGUUAAACAAGAAGUUGUUGCUGAGCAGAAGCCACAAAAAGGGAAGAGAAGGAAAAGUCAUCCAGCGAGAAGACGCAGUCGUGUUAGCAGUGGCAAUUCUGAGUGCACAGUAGGAAGUGAGGACAGCAAUAUGGGCAUGCCAGCCAGUGCUCCAACAACUCCUUCUCCUAAUGCAGAGGCCAACAACACACGAUGUCCGAAUUCAUCAGAUAAAAAUUUUCGUUUUGUAAAAACCAAAAGGCAUCUGAUGAAUGAGUGGCUAAGUGAGAAAACACAGGUGUGUCCUUUGCCACCAGUUACAAGUCAACCGAAUGCACCUCCCACUUUGCCUGCCACUCUUAGUGCUCCUGCAACAACCUGCAUCCCGAAAAUAGAACCUUUGGAGGUAAAUGUUGAGGAGACCAUGUUUGUCACCUGCUUGCCAAGUCCAAGGAAUACACUGGAGUACAUGAGGAGGAACAGUCAUAGCUCUGGGGACAAACAAGGACAAGGCUGCAGUAUUGGCUCUGCCAAAAAGAGGUGGCUGCGUCAGGCAAUGUGCGAGAGCACUCAAAGUUCUGAUAGCGGUAAAGAGUCUCCAGCCCUGUGCUGUGAUGAUACCAGCCCAUGUCACACUGCCACCAUGCAUAGUCCAGGGGGCUCCCCUCCUGUGGACUUUGUCACUCCAUUAAAGAAGCGUCGUCUUGCCCGGGAAUCUUUAUCAGCUGACCAACCUCCCACUCCGUCCGCGCUCUCGCCUCCACUUUCCUGCACGGGGGAUGAGCCAGCUGGAUCUGCAGCCUUCAGUUUGGAGGAUGCAACUAAGAGUUAUCCCACUGUGCCUGAAUCAUCAGCAUGCACAACACAGGAGAUGCCUGGUGGUGUUCAUCCAGCAGGUAGUGAAGGUUUUGUGUCAGCAGAACAUCCCAGCGGACCUCAUUGUAAGGAAAUGCUGGAGAUGACUGUUGCUGACAGUUCAGUAGGCCAGGAGAAAUCCAAUGUGAAUAUUGACACUUCUGUUACCAUGGCCACAUCAAGUGAGGUGGUCACGGAUAGUGCUUACGUGUGCAGCGAAGUGAGCACAGAUACCAAAUCGGCUAUGGAGGCUGAGGAAGUCACAGACUCAAGCCUGUCACAAAGUUUUUCACAGGAAACACAUUCAGUUUCAGAACAGGGCAAUCUGGAAGGAGAGAUGGAGAGUCACGAAAACAGUGACGUAGUGUCCUCCAAUGUUAUCUUGGCAGCACAUGUGGACAAAGAUAGAAUAUGUAGUUCCUCUGAAACUGAUUGUAGUGCCCCUGUAUGUAGUGCUGAUACAUCAACAGAGACAGCUGAGAUUUCAAAAUGCGCACAAGACUAUUUGGAGAGCCAUUCAAAUCCACCGCAGCCGUCCUCUACUGCUGCCACAUCAGAUAGUAGUUCUAGUGUGAAUGAAGAUUCCGAAGUAAUGGAAAGCCAGGGUAGUAGACUAUGUGACUCUGCUGGAGCAAGGAGUUGCUUAUUCAGUACCCAAAGUGAUGUUUCAUGUACAUCACCUAAGUCAACCGAAUCAGUUGACAGGACUACAGUGACUUGUGAUGUCAAUUUAGUGUCUGGCUCUGUAAGAGAGCAGAACAGUGGUAGUAAUUUACAUGUAGAAAGUAGCAGUACCUUAGAGAGAUUGACAGACAGUGGUAGUGAGCCAGACCAGCCAGCAUGUGAUCCCUCAGUAUCUAGUACAUCACAGACUGUCCAAGCUCUGCAUACUGCCUGUGUGGGCUCAGGGGAUACUUUAGAAGCCAAUGAGGCUUUUUCUCCCGGUGUUUCUAGUACAGUUUCAGACUUGCAGCGAGAUCACGUCUCCUCAUUAUCAGGAGACAGCCUGAAGAUAACUGGUAGUGUUGGGGAGCGUCUGCCAGCAUCAGCCUGUGACAGUUCGAUGGGCGUCAACCUACCUGUUGAACCACCCGCAGGAGUCUUUCACAGCUCAAUGACAGUGAUGUCUGCAGACUCCACCUCUACAGCUCCACCGCCCCCUUUGCCACCACCACCAUUACCCCCACAGCCACCUCCACCACCUGUACCUGCCAAAAAGAAGGUGAGUCUUUUAGAAUAUAGAAAAAGAUUGAAGGAGAAGGGAAGUGGGACCAGCUCGAACGGCACUCCAAGUAAAACUGUUCCGGGUGCACCUGCCACUCCUCCAGCCCCGGGAAGAAACACCCCUACUCUUGCACCUUUACCUUUCUUUGAUCCAGGAAGUCCAGGGAGACCAGAGUUCCGAGAUGGGCUUAGCUCACCUUUAAAGAAAGAUGAAGAUGUGAGGUGGGGAUCCAGAUCACGAGAUAAACCUCUCAGUCUGACCGAGCGACUACGGAUGGAGUUUGGUUUGGAUGACAGUGAUGAGGAAGAGUCUAGUCCUGACAAGAAAGUCGGCUCUCGGGAAACCUCGCAAACCCCCCCACCCCCGCCUCCACCUAGCAGUGUGCCACCACCUCCCCCUGGGAAGCCUGUGGAGCUGAGUAGGGAUGCGCAAAGUGCUCAAAAUGCAGUUGUUCACCGACCCGUGUAUGCUAACCACGACCCCCGUAUACAAGGACUGGCAAUACCACAGCCUGUACCACCGCCAGGAGGACAGCCAAGGCUGGGACCCCCAGUGCCUGGUCAGCCCCCGGGUAGGAUUCCUUCACUGAUGUCCCUACAGACAUUUCCAUCCCGACCACAUCCGUCUCAUCCUAACUCCACUCACCAGUCUCCCCAUGUGUUCAACCAGUCCCCACCCCCUCCUCCGCCUGGGGCAGCUCCUCCUCCUCCUCACCCAGCAGCAGCACCUGCACCAACCCCAUAUCAAGGUGGGCUACAUACAGCAAAUCAUGUGGGAAGUGUGAAUAAUACAUCACGCAUACCGGCUACGCAUCAUCCAGCAGUGUACACCACACCCACUCAAUCACAACGCACAGUGGCUCAUCCAAGUCCGGGCUUCCCCCAAUCUAACAAGUCCAACUACAGCAUGGGACCACUGCGGCAGAGGGCAGGGGGUCAGCCCAGUUAUAAUCACACCCAGUAUUCAGCUCAUGCGCCAACCAGACCACCCCUGUACUCUGCUGGGGCAGCCCCACCACCUCACCCAUCCUCCAACAACCAGCCAUACCCAAGCAAACCUCUCCCACAAACGGCAGCAGCUGCAGCCUCCCCACAGACACAACCCUACUCAUCAAGGACUUCUUCCUCCUUUACAUCGCACUCGUACAAUCAUAAGAAACACUAUUAAUUGGUGCAUGGCGCCUUAUGUCUGUGUAAACUGCUGCUGUUCACCUGCAUUUCCGUGAUCUCUGCUAAAUUCUGCAAGGUGUUGCUGGUUCUGUACAUAGGCUGAUUCAUUUUUUUUUUGUUUUUUUUUUUUACCAUGGUUUCCUGGUUAAAAUUGUUAGUGCUGGUGAGGAACCAAGUGUCACACUUUGGUGCAGAAAAUUGUUUUUGUUUUUUUUUUUGCUAUUUUGGCAACAAUAGAGUUUUACAAUUUUGAAAAAUUAUGAUAACUUCUACAUGAUAUUUGCAUUUGCCUAUUCUUUGUAGGCAAUCAUGUUGGCUCUGUUACUGCAUUUUUAGCACUGUCUGUGUGAGUUGAGCUUCAGUAAUUAUUCAUUCAUCAAGUUGUACAUUGUCAUCCCAUGAUUCAUUCAAAUUCAGCUAAUCUAAUAAUUGUAAAUACAUGCGUUGCUGGGCCUGGAUCGUCUUUAUCUUUGCGUACUGGCGAGAGCUGUCUAGAAACUGUUAAUAGUAAGUCGUAAAUAAUGUCUAUUUUGUGUAAUGAACAUUUUUGUAUUUGCAGACCAUGUGAUGAUGAUAAAGUCAUGUGCUAUUCUGUAGUGGUAUUGUACUAAUUGUUCGUCUGUUAUUUUUCCACAACCGGUAGUUUGUAUGUAUUAGGUCUGGGCAGGUAUGGAGUUCAGUUCUCAGUGGUUUUACUCUGUCCUCAAGGUGUGUUUUUUUUUUUUUUUUUUUUUUUGUGCCAAAAGGAUAGUGUUUGACUAGCAUCAAUAUGGCAGCAGAUACCAAAGUUUUGAAGGAAAACAUUUAUAGUUUUCCAUGCUAACCUGUUCGGUUCUUACUCCAAGGCUAUAUUUAAAAGAAAAAAACCUUGCCUUCUUUUAACUCACAUUUUUAGAAUUAUAUUAUUUCAAAAUUUUGUGCUAACAUUUGUCUCUCCUUUAAUCAACAACCAACAGUAAAGAAGUACCUGUAAUUUUUACUUUGAAACAGUUGUUGCAGUCAGUAAUUUUUCUUCAAUAUUUUGGAGGGUGUAUACAAAUAUCUGAGUAUUUGCGACAGAAACGUCUGGCCAAUGUCUUUUACGGAUAGGUUCCUCUUUGUAUUUUUGAAAAUGUUCAGAGUUAUCUAUGGAACCUUUUGAGAAUUCGCUGUCAUUGUCAGUUUGUGUAAACUCUCACAUUCAGACUUCGUCUGACACAUCUAAAUCAUUCAAAUAGUUUAAAACUUGAUUGUAGCGUGUAUGUGCUUGUAAUAUAAUGCUGUUAACAUCGAGUGCAUUAUAUGAACAAAUAAAACUGCAAUUAAGUUCAUAAACAUGAGUUGUUUUAUUUUAGUUUAUAGAAGGUGCGAUUAGAAUGUGAGCUCCUGGUUCUGAGAAUUAGGGUUGCCACUAUAUACAACCAAGUUGUCAAAAGCCAGAUUGCUGAUUUGAACAUGCUGAAAAGUACAAUGUAUGAGAGCUUGUUGAAUUUAACAUAGGGGUGGAAUUAACCUGCGGUAUACUGACUUGCCAGUUUGAUACCAUAUAUGAGACCCUAAUUCUCUAACCUUUUCAAUCGCUUCUGGUCGAAUCGGACCGAAAUAGGUGCGGUAAGAAAGUGCAAAUUUUAAAAUCCCAGCACAAUUCUCUAAAUUUCCAGAUCAUAAGUAUAAACU